UUAAAAUUAAAUAAAUAUAAUGUUAAUUGAUUCAUGCCAUUAAACAAACUUUGGAAAGAAUUAAAAAAAAAAAAAAAAAAAAGAGCUUUCUAAUAUGGAACUUAACGGUAGUUUGGGUAUUUGGUUACAUUUAAAAAGACACACAAAAAGUCACUUGUCUCUCACAAUUUCAAAUUUUCUUGCACUUUCUUUCAUUUUCCCACAUUUUCUCAUCAGGGAAAUAUUAGCACCUCAAUCUCUGAAAUGGAACAUCAAUCUCUAAAACUAGAAAUCCUGCAGGGCCCAAGAAAAGGCGAAAUCUUUGAAUUCCCUUCAAAAUCCACUGUCAAAAUCGGCCGAGUAGUCCGAGGCAACAAUCUUACAAUUAAGGACGACGGCAUCUCGUCAAAACACCUAGUAAUCGGACCCGAAUCUCCAUCUUCGGGUAAAUGUAUAGUCCAAGACUUGGAUUCUUCAAAUGGUACCACUCUCAAUUCCUCAACUCUCCCUCCUUUCACAUCCUUCGUCCUCCACGACGGCGACACCCUGAAACUCGGCGGGGAGACUUCGAUACUGGUUCAGUUUCAAGAAUCUGAGGAGCCGUCUCAGCUGAGGCGCUAUCCGAAGAGAAAAGUCAAAGAAUCGGUGAUUAGAGCAACUGAUGAGGAGACAGAGAAUAAAGUUAGAAGAGGGAGGCCGAGAAAAGCUAAGGUUUCGGAUGAUAAAGAAUUGGAGGAUGUGGAGAAAUUCAAUGUAAGGGUUACACGAAAUAGAAAAAAUGAGGAUAGAAAAGAUUCAGAACCAAUUGUGGUAAUUAACAUUGAAGAGGAGGAGGAGAGGGAAUCCGAGCAACAGAAUGUUAUUAUGGAGAAACAACCGAGAAGAGGUAGGCCGGUAAAAGCUAGGGUUUCAGAGGAUAAGCAAUUAGAAAAUGUGGGCCCCAAGGGGGAGGAUUUGGAGAGGAAGAAGGUAAAUUCUAGGGUUACAAGAAAGAGAAAGAACAAUGAUUGUGCUUUGGCGAAUUUGGAUGGUAAAAUGUUGAGUAGGGGGAGGGGAAGUAGAAAGAAUAUACAGGAAGUGCCAGUGGAGAAUCUGGAUUUAGGAUUGAAUUCAAGAGAAGAUGUGAAAGAACAGAUCAGUGAAGCCGAUAAUAGCGGAGAUCAGGAGGAGGAGAAGAAAGAGGGGUUGGAUUUGAGAGAAGAGUUGAACAAACAGGUUAGUGAAGUUAGCAUUAGUGGAGAUGAGGAGGAGGAAAAGAAAGAGGGGUUGGAUGCAGAAAUAGAGUGUGAAGGUGUUGGAAUUGGGAUUGUCAAAGAAAGUGUGGACUUUGGCUGGGAUUUGAAUGAAGUUGGUAUUAGCAGAGAUGAGGAAAAGGAACGUGAAAAUGGGAGUAGAAUCAAAGAGAGUAAUGGUAAGGUACAAGUUAGUGAGAGUGAAAAUUUGGGGAAAGAGAAGGUAAGAGUGGAUAUGAAGAGGAUAACUUUAGGACAGUGGUUUGAUCAUAUGGAGUAUUCACAUAAGCAGACAAGUCAGGCUAUUGAGGAGAUUAUUCAAGGAAUGAGAAUGAAAGCAGUGCAAGUUAAAAAACACAUAAUUGAGCAGAAGAAAGCUAAGGCUAUGGCUAUUGGUUAGAGAAGCAAUGACUUUGAAAAUCUAAGGUUGUAAGGUUGCAUGAAAGAGGGGUCAGCCAUCAUAUAUGAGGAGGCUAUAAUGUAAAGUACAUAGUAGGAUGACAUAAAGAUGAAACAGCUGUAGAAAUGAGUGGUGCUGCUAAAGAACAAAGUAGAGUCGACCUGGAAUCUUAUACUAUGUUAAUAGUUGACUUCUUUAUGUGCUUUUCACUAUUUGAUGGUUAGAGUUGCUGCAGCCGCAAGAUGUAUGGUGUUGUUUGGCUCCGCCUUUCUUUUAACAGGGCAUUGUAUCUCCUACGACUCUGCUCCUGGAUGGAAAUGUUGGCAAGAUUCUGAUUACUUGGUGAAUGGAGAUUCUUGUGUCUACUUAUGUUUUUCCAUCAUCAAGUUUUCUAACUGUGUUUUUUAUUUACACAUCACAGUAUAUUCGCUCAUUCUUUUAUUCCUCUACAUGUGAGUUUUCAGCUGCGGCUGAUCAAAACAAUCCGAAAUUAGACCAGGAUACAAGUUCUCCUCCAUCUUGGAUGUUUACAAGCUUUAUAUUGUGGUUAUCUCGAGCAUCAUGACUUGAAA